AUGCCAGAUAAAGCAUGCAAAUUCGUGAAAGCCGCUGAGUAUUAUAGGAAAUUUAUACCGAAUUUCUCUCAAAUCGCCGAGCCACUUCGAAAAUUCGUCCCAACUACAAGAACUCAACAAAAGAAAGGACAAAAAACAAUGAUUACAUUAACACAGGAUGAAAUUAACGCAUUCGACCAACUCAAGCAUCAUCUGACAACUGAUUUAGUAUUACGAUUACCAAACAUUAGAUUCCCUUUCAAAGUUCAAACAGAUGCUUCGGAUGAGGGGAUCGGUGCUGUUCUAUUACAAAUCUAUCCUGAUGGCGAUAGACCAAUUGCUUAUUUAUCGAAGAAAUUUACUCAAGUACAGCGGAAAUGGUCCUCUAUGGAACAAGAAUGUUAUGCAUUUAUCUGUGCAUUAGACAAAUUACAUAAUUAUUUAAGUGGAAUUAAAUUUACAUGGGAAACUGAUCAUAAAGCAUUAACACAAUUAAACCAAAAAGCUCAAAUUAAUAAACGAUGUGAACGCUGGAGAUUAAAAAUUUUAGAAUAUGAUUUUAAGGUCAAAUAUAUUCCUGGUUUAACCAAUUCAAUGCCUGAUUAUUUAUCACGUUCUCCAGUCGAUAAUGCUGAAGAAGAUCCUGACGAAAUCUCAAUUCUUAUUUCCAAAGCGACACAAACAGAUCUCGAUAAUAUUCCCAAUCAUUUACAUGUUGUUACAGCUGUUGAAACUCGUGCUAUGAAAUUACGGAACGCAAAAUUACCUAAUACAAAUAGCACAGAACAAUUAAAAUCUGAUUCUCUAGAUACUUCACUUGAAGAGAAUCGAAUUACUCCAUUUACAAAUGAACAAUUAAAAGAAGCUCAACAGCAGGAUGAUUAUGCAAAUAAAAUUUUAAAGAAUAUAAAGAAACGAAAAAACUAUCUAAUCAAAACUGAUCUUUUAAUGCAUAAUCCAAAGCAUCCAGUUCCAUAUGUACCACAAGAUGAUUUAAGACGAACAAUUUUACACAUAUAUCGUGAUACUGCCGCCAAUGGUGCGCGUUUUGGCAGAAACAAAACAAUACAUAAAAUUCAGCAACGUUAUUUUUGGCCAUCACUGUACAAGGAUAUUACUAAUCACAUUAAAUCAUGCAUACCAUGUGCACAAUUUAACCCUCGUCGACAAAAGACCCCUGGAAUUUUAAAACCAAUAAAACCUCCAGAAGGAGUAUGA